AUGAUCAUGGUGGUUACACCAAGUAGCACCAAUAGCUUGCUAAUGGUCGCAAGUAGGUUAGUGCCUAAGAACUCUAUGAGUAUUUCACAUACCAUUUGCCAGCUCAUACGAAGGUCGUCAUACAGCACAGACCCAAGUGCUCUAUUGUUACAAAAGAAUUUGAUUCAAAAAAAUAAUUCUCUCUAUAAUUAUGGAGUGGCUACUGUUCGUUGUACAAUAUUUGAUGAUAAAGGUAAUAUCGAUGUAACAGCAGAAGAACUCAAACGUGAAGAUAUUGUGUCAAAGUAUGGUGUAUUACCAAGAGAUUUACGAAAAAUUGAGAAAUCCAAGAAGUAUGAUCUGGUUUCAAGUUUAUCGGUGCGAAAGAAUAGUAUUAUAUUGAAUUUACUAAAUAUUAGAUCAGUAAUACAGGCAAAUAAAGUGAUACUAUUUGAUUCGGUAAGUGCUGGCAUAUCGUUGGACUCGAAAGCACAUAAAGAUUUUGUCAAUGAUUUAAGAAUCAGACUUUCUAGAGAUUUUCAAACUGACAGUCUAGUGGCAGAUAACUUACCUUAUGAAUUUAGAGCUUUAGAAGCUAUGUUCAUCUCUACAAUUUCAAAUUUAGCUAGUGAAAUGAAGGUACUAAUAACAGUGAGUGAAGGAAUACUACAAGAUUUGGAAUAUAAUAUAACAAAGGAUAAACUAAAGUUCCUGCUUCAACAAAAUAAAAAACUGACAGUAUUCCACAGGAAAGUAUUACUGGUAAGAACAAUGAUAGAUGAAUUGUUAGAACAAGAUGAAGAACUAUGUGCAAUGUACUUGACAGAUAAAAAAGAUGGUCUUCUACGACACGAGGACAAUCAUACUGAAAUUGAAAUGCUUUUAGAGACAUAUUACACUCACAUAGAUGAAAUUGUACAGAAAGCAGGCAGUUUAAUAUCUGAUAUUAAGACAACAGAAGAAAUUAUAAAUAUCAUAUUGGAUUCGAACAGAAACAGAUUAAUGUUACUAGGUAUACAGUUUAGCAUUGGACUAUUAUCUCUUGGUGGGAUUAUCUUUUUUGGCUCAUUGUAUGGUAUGAACGUGGAAAAUUUUAUAGAGGAAACAAAGUAUGGAUUUUCAUUAAUCACUCUGAUUUCAAUUAUUUCAACGUAUGUUCUCUUCAAACAUCAAAUGAAACGAUUAAACAAUUUACAAAAGAUGUCUCUCACAGAAACCAAAAGGAAACGGAAAUUAAAAUAA